AUGUUCAACGAGAACUUCUCCUUCGGAUCGUCCCCGCACCCGAACUCCCUGACAUUCAAUAUUGAAGAAUGUACCUCAACAGAGAUCUCUCCUUUCACAUCACGGUGCUCCUCGCCACACUCCUCACAAGCGCCUGCGGCCCGUCGAGAUUCUCGUUUUGACGCAUACAGAUCUACACCUCGGCAUCCCUCCAUUACUGCAUUGACAGCACAGCUACAGUCUCAAGCGUUAACCGACACAGAGAUGCGCUCGCCCUCACCACCGCCGAGUGACAUGGCUUCUCCUUCCGACACAACGACGCUUGACGAUGAAGGAUAUUGCGAAGGGCCAGAUACUCCCGCUACAACAGUAUCCGACUUAUCAUACGACUCCAAUGAAAUCGAUCCGACACUGUGGGAUCUUUCAAUGUUGGACACCAUGGUGGCUACAUCAUCACCCCGUCCCUCUCUAUCUCUCGAAGCACAAGCAUUAUCAUCAUACACAAUGCGUCGGCGUCAGCGACAAGCUUUGGUACGGCUACAAUGCUUAGCGACCCGGACACCCGACCUGGCCAUGCUCAUCGAAGAGUGCCAUCCUUCUUCACUACCACUCGAGACGGCGAUCCUGAAGGCAUACAAUUCUUCCAAGGGAAGGAGCGAUUCCUCAUGCAGCAUUUCUGGACUAGGACAGGGCGGGAAUGUGACGAGCUCGGGACGGAUAGAAAAGGAACGGAGUGGAUCAGUGGCUGCGGUCAGGAAGUCACCCAGGAUGAGGAAAAGGACCAGUUGA